ACAAUGAUCUUUAAAUACUUUUUCACACAUAUUUGCAUAUAUUUGCACAUUUAAAAGAACUUCAUUUAUGUUCUCAAUGUUACUACACUCACCCGCUCAUUUUUUCUCAUGUUACUAGAUAUCAGAUCAAGUUUUGAAAUUUCAAAAUAGGACUAUCAUGAUUUUUAUUCCCUAAAUAAGAAUAAUUUCUGCCAAGUUUGGCAUUACUAGGCUUUUAAACAUGACAUUUUUUAUCAAACUUGGCAGAUUACUCCUAUUCAAGGAAUAAAAAACAUGGUACUCCUUAUUUUGGAAUUUCAAAGCGUUUUUACUCCUAAUUAGAGUAAUUUCUAAUUUUUUAUGGUAAAAGCCAGUAAAAGGUACUGCAUGGACAAAAAUGCAUUACAUUCAUAUAUCGAUAAAAUGUUAUUCACAAUUCAAUAAAAUUUGGAAAUCAGACACUUAGUACUGAUUAUUUUUCCAAAUGUCAAUUUCAGUUAUUAUGUCACUGUCAUCGCAACUAGUGUCAGUGACAUUGUGACCCCCUACACCAAAUUUUAGUACUAAUUUUUUUGGGAUAGUUUUUGGACGUCUAAAUUGACAUUUUCAGGAAAAGAUUCCAUUGGUGGAUGCCGGGCAUCGGCGAAGUGGCAUGGGGAAGGGUGGUUGUGGGAUAAAUAUGUGCUGAAUGUUGAGCGGAUUUAGAUAUAUUUAGGGCUUUAAAGUCACUUUCAUAAAACAAACAGUUAAUCAUCACAAAGUGUAAAGAUGAGGUGCUAGAGAAUGCCGAAAGAACAGCAGGGCGUUUCCUUCUCCAGGAGAAACAAGAUUGCCCAAUAGACAUGGAGAAUCAAAACUAUACAAUCGUAACGAGCCAAUGCAAGGGGCCCAAAUACGACGGGAAGGUAUGCUGCGGAGCAUUCAAAGAACUGGCCUGCAAAAACAGGGACGCGCUCAACGCCGAGAACAACUGCGCCACCGUCAUGUUCAACUAUCUCCACCUCUACGGCAAGUACCCACCUGGCCUCUUCGGCAACCUCUGCAAGGAAGACAAGAAUGGCCUCGACUGCAAGCAAGUCGACGAGAAACAAGCCGCCGCCGCCGCAGCAGCAGCAAAGAGUGCUGCUGGAAGAGGUUUUCAAUCAUCGGCGGUGUUGCUCGCCGCCGCGGCUGCUCUAAUAGCGCUAUUUUGAAUCUUCUGAAGUAAAAGGAUUCGUGUGAAUAUUAUGUUAGAAUUCAUAACUGAGUCAUUACUAUGUCAAGAAAUGUAAAAAUGAGAACGAAUUCUAAUCCGAUCCUUUAUUUCAAAUAUUGGAAUUGGUUACUAACGAUCAACUUAAGAAAAUUUAGGGGUUGUUUACUUUUUUUUGCAUUAAGUCAUGAAUGGAUUAAGAC